AUGGAAGGCCCGUUUCGAUUCAGAGGCGGCGGAAGGUGGCGGAGGAGAUCCUCCGGCGGCCGGCCUCAACUCUCCUCCGUCGCUCUACUCUGCGGCGGUCUUCUCAUCUUCUUUUUCCUGUUCCUCUUCCUCUUCUCGGAGGUCCUAAGAGUGGUCGUUGUAUCCCUACAUUCCCCUUUGUUGGAUGGGAUCAAUGUCUCUGCUCCGCUCCUACAAUGCAGCGGCGGAUCUUCGUCCCCCAUGGGCAAUGGGGAGAGGUUCCUGUUGUAUGCUCCACACAGCGGCUUCAGCAACCAGCUAUCUGAGCUCAGGAACGCUAUCCUCUUCGCUGCGAUCCUCAAUCGGACUCUGGUUGUGCCCCCGGUCCUCGACCACCAUGCCGUCGUUCUUGGAAGCUGCCCCAAGUUUAGGGUCUCCAGCCCCUCUGAUCUGCGCGCCUCUGUCUGGGAUCACACAAUGGAGCUCCUUCGGAGUCGGAGGUGAGAGGGCCACGAGCCAGAUACUCGUGUCCCCCAGAUAAAUAUGGAGACAGCUGCUACUUAAUUUCUUGAUGUGUACAUUUUUCCUUCAAAUCCUCGAUAUCCGUUCGGCCGAGAUACGAGGGAACGAAUUUUCACCAUUCGCAUAAAUCAUUUUGCAGGUUCGUCUCCAUGGCCGACGUCAUUGAUCUUUCUCCCAUGGUUUCCGCUUCCAUGGUAAGAUUUGUUGAUUUUAGCGAGUUUGCAUCAGUAUGGUGUGGCAUCGAUAUGAAUCUUGUUUGCACUGUUUAUGAGCAUGAAUCUUUGCCGAAGGAAUUCACGCUGUGCAAAGAUAUAUUGUCUGGACUGGACAUGGGUGCUCAAAAUUGUGUAUAUGGUGUGGAGGAUGACUGUAGGACUACAGUGUGGACUUAUGGCCAAGACAGCGACGGCAGCUUGGAUUCAUUUCAACUUGACAAAGAAUUGCAGGAAAGGAAAAAAAUUUCCUACAUUAGGAGGAGGAGAGAUGUGUACAAAGCUUUCGGGCCUGGCUCCAAACCUGAAACCUCCACAGUACUGGUGUUUGGAAGUCUUUUCUCAGCACCAUAUAAGGGUAAUGAGCUUUACAUUGAUAUCCAUGACGUGCCAACAGACUCCAGAAUUCAGUCACUCUUGAGAAAAAUUGACUACCUCCCAUUCGCACAGGAAAUAUUAAAUGCUGGAAAGGAGUUUGCUUUGAACAAGAUAAAAGGGCCCUUCCUCUGUGCUCAACUAAGGCUGCUCGAUGGGCAGUUCAAGAAUCAUUGGAAGGAAGCCUUUUCAACUCUGAGAGAAAAGAUAGAGCUUAUACAGGCCGAUAAAAGGGAAAAGAAAAAUCAAGGCCCAAUCUCUAUUUUCGUUAUGACAGAUCUGCCUGCAGAUAAUUGGACUGGAACUUAUCUGGCAGACUUAUUGAGCAACUCGAGUUCUUUCAAGUUCUUUACUCUUCCUGAAGACAACAAGCUAGUGGCACAUGCAUCUAUGCAGCUUAUGUCUGCGAGGCAUAGCUUACGGACUCCCCUUCUUCUGGAGAAUCGUAACAUUACAGUGAACAAAAGAAUUUGUCCUCCCCUGAUAUUGCCUAGUAUUCUUCUUUAUGUACAGGAAGUAGUAUGCAGUUGUGCAUCAUUAGGAUUUGUAGGGACUUCUGGAUCUACAAUUGCUGAAAACAUUGAUCUGAUGAGAAAAAAUGAUGCCUGCAGCUCUGAACUCUUGUAA